CAUUUCACUGGAAACCACUGAGGGAGGGAGAGGGAGGGAACAUAACUAACACACAGCAAUGCAGAGUGUGAUCUGGAAAUAAAGGCUAGACAACACUGGCAGAUUUGGGGGAUAGAAGUCGGUUCUGUGUGGUUCAACCUCUACAACAAGAUGGGUUUAAGCUCAAGUGAAGACUGCGACCUGAGGAUCGUCCUGCUGGGGAAGACUGGAUCAGGAAAGAGUGCAUCAGGGAACACCAUCCUGGGACAAAGUGUUUUCAACUCAGAGGCUUCUCCAUCCUCUGUGACAGAGACCUCUAACAAAAUGUCUGGCUACUUUGAUAAAAGAACUGUGACUGUGGUCGACACUCCUGGUAUCUUGGACACAUCAAUGAAUGAAAAACAGUUGAAAAUUGAAAUAGAGCGAAGUCUCACACUGACUGACCCCGGACCACAUGUGUUCCUGCUGGUGAUCAGACUGGAUGUACGGUUCACAGAAGAGGAGAAGUCUGCCAUCAAGUGGGUCAAAGACAACUUUGGUGAGGAAGCCUCCAAACACACACUGGUGCUUUUCACCAGGGGGGAUGAGCUCAAGGAGAAGUCCAUUGAGACUUUUUUAUUCGAGGGACCCGAACUAAAGGAGUGUAUCAGUGGUUUUACGGCUGGGUACAUUGUGUUUGAAAAUACAUGCAGAGAUAAUCGCACUCAGGUGGCUGAUAUGUUUGAAAAGAUAGACAAGAUGGUGCAGUUGAAUGGUUACAACCCUUAUACCUGGAGCAUGUACGAAGAGGCCCAGAGAAAGAAGAAUUCAAGGGAAUGGCGGAGCAAGUGGGCAAACCAUUUGAACAAGUACGGUACUAAUUUGUUAACUGCAGCAACAAUCGCAGCUGGUGUUGGUGCUGCUGCUGGUGCUGCUACUGGUGCUGCUGCGGCAGCAGAAGAAGUAGUAGUUGAAACCGUAACACCAAUUCUAUGGGGAGGGAUUUUAAAAGGCCUUGGGUGGUGGAUAACUAAAAAGUACUGCGACCUGAGGAUCGUCCUGCUGGGGAAGACUGGAUCAGGAAAGAGUGCAUCAGGGAACACCAUCCUGGGACAAAGUGUUUUCAACUCAGAGGCUUCUCCAUCCUCUGUGACAGAGACCUCUAACAAAAUGUCUGGCUACUUUGAUAAAAGAACCGUGACUGUGGUCGACACUCCUGGUAUCUUGGACACAUCAAUGAAUGAAAAACAGUUGAAAAUUAAAAUAGAGCGAAGUCUCACACUGACUGACCCCGGACCACAUGUGUUCCUGCUGGUGAUCAGACUGGAUGUACGGUUCACAGAAGAGGAGAAGUCUGCCAUCAAGUGGGUCAAAGACAACUUUGGUGAGGAAGCCUCCAAACACACACUGGUGCUUUUCACCAGGGGGGAUGAGCUCAAGGAGAAGUCCAUUGAGACUCAUUUAUACCAACACCCUGAGCUCAAAGAGUGCCUCAGUAUCUAUACAGCUGGGUACGUUGUGUUUGAAAAUACAUGCAUGGAAAACCGCACUCAGGUGGCUGAUCUGUUUGAAAAGAUAGACAAGAUGGUGCAGUUGAAUUGUUCCCAGCAUUAUACGUGGAGCAUGUACGAAGAGACUCAGAGAAAGAAGAAUUCAAAGGAAUGGUGGAGCAAGUGGGCAGUUACUAUGGACAAUUUGAGUAAUAACAUGAUUUUGGCAGCAGCAUUCACCACUGCUGUUAAUUCCCCUGUAGCUGGUGCUCCUUUAGCAGCAGCUGCAGGGAUUUCUAAAGCCAUUGGGUGGUGGAUGAAACCUAAAACAACGGAUGUAAAGCCAUGAUCCUUCAAGCUAACUUGUAAGGUCAUUGUUGUGAAAAACUAAAAACAUAUGUAAUGUAAGCAUAUAUAAUCAGUAACCACUUUAGGCAGUAAGGCAUUCAUUGUUUAUUAUAGGCGUCAAACCUAUAAAUAACAUCAUGUAUUAUCAUUUAUUAAUUCAACAGCUCCAUCGUUUACACAUGAUCAAAUGUAAAGUUGACAGAUGUAAAACAUUCAUAUCAAUAAACAUGACUUCAAGAAAAAUAAUGUCACUCUUUCU